GAGUCAUUCCAAAAUGGCGGCUCCCAUGGAGUUAUACUGUUGGAAAGGCGAUUAUGGUUUACCAUCGGUCGAUGUGGAUUGUUUAACAGUUCUGGCCUACGCCAAGUUUGCAGGUGCACCUCUCAAAGUUCACAAGAUUUCUAACCCGUGGAGAAGCCCAACAGGUUCAUUACCUGCAUUAAAGACCAGAGAUGAAGGAAGUUUGUCACAGCCAAGUAAAAUCAUCAUUCAGCUCAGGAAGCAGAAAUAUAACGCAGAUUACGAUCUUUCAGCCAAAGAGGGAGCAGAUACACUCGCCUUCGUCUCCUUACUGGAGGAAAAACUGCUGCCUGCUCUGAUUUACACUCAGUGGGUGGACAGUAAGAACUAUGUGGAAGUGACCCGGCGCUGGUACGCUGAACACAUGCCGUUUCCUCUGAACUUCCUGCUGCCCAACCGCAUCCACUCCAGGCAGAUGGAGAGACUAAGGCUGAUCCGAGGAGACGCCGUGCUGGAGCUCGAGGAGCAGCUGGAGAAAGAGCUUUACCAGGAUGCGCUGGAGUGCAUGACUCUCUCCCAGAGACUCGGCUCUCACAAGUUCUUCUUCGGAGAUUCUCCCUCCUCACUAGAUGCGUACGUGUUCGCUCACCUCGCUCCGCUGCUGAAGAUUAAACUUCCCAACAGCAAACUGCAGCAGCACCUCAACUCUCUGGAGAACCUGCAGCUGUUCUGCACCAACAUCCUGCUGCUGUACUUUCCCUCAGAAAACCCAGAAGCUCAGAGCAGGAAAGCUCCGGUUCGCACCGACGGUGGCGGAGACUUCGAUAACGAGCCUCACAAACGCCGUAACCAGAUCCUGUCCGUUCUGUUCGCCGUGGCAGCCAUGUUGGGUUACGCCGUCUUCAGCGGCAUCGUCACCAUCCAGAGCUCAGGAGGACAGCUGGAGCCUCUCCAUGGCAACGAGGACGAUGAUGAAGAAGAAGAAGAAGAAGAGGAGUGAUUAUGGAGAGAAUUAAUGGAAAUAAAAACUGUAGAUCUGGAACACACAUAAACACAGUACACACACACACACACACACACAAUACACACCCACACACACACACCUUUGAGAAUCAUUAUUAAAGUAUUUAUGGGUGGGUUUAUGACAAAGAAAUCCACUGUCCUGGGGCUCAUAUCACUUCUUUUUUUUUUUUUUUUUUUUUUUAAACCUUUAUUCAGAAUAAUAAAUAUGAACAUGAAUAUUUAAUCAUUAUUUAAAUUUUUGGGGGGUGGGGGGUAUUUAUUAUUAUUAAUUAUAUAUAUAUAUAUAAUAUUUUUAAUAAUUUAAAAAAAUAUCUCUAUAGAUAAAUAUAAAAAAUAUAUAUAUUCUAACCAUUUAAAAAAAUACAACACUUUACAGCAAACACAUGAGCAGCAAACCAACUCUGUGAUUUCUUUAUGAAUUAAUUUAUUGUCUACCCAAUUAGAAAAUCAUUGUACAUUAAUAUUUAUGCCAUUUGGCAGAUCUUUAUCCAGUGUGUCUUACAAAGCGAACUGAAGUCUUCAAAACUUUCUAAUUCUGUUUCACCAGGACACAGAGUAAGAAGAACAUCUAACACUCAGCUAGCUAGCGUAUUAACUAGCCUCCUGCAUGCGAUCUGGUUUCAACCCUUAGAAGGUAAUAAAAUGACGAGAUGUCUGA